GACAACAAUACGGAACUCGGAAGUUGCAAGGAGGGACAAAAGCUUUCAUUGUAACCUCAUGCAAUGCCAUUCAAUGCAUGCCCAGAUUGAUCCCUUGGUUCCCCGUUAGUUAAAGCCACGAGUUGACAGAUAGAGAGCCAUAUACAAUGGAACAACAACUUUUGCUCAAGCUUCUGUGGAUCAACAAUGAGCCCACGCGUAUGAACAUGCUCCGGAUGUUUCUACAAGGUCCCGGUGCCGAUCCUUCGGUGAACAAAAUGUCUCCAGAACUGUUUCUCCAAGCGAUUGCGUAUCACGGCAAGUUGGUCAAGAUCAUAAUGGAGACCAUUCCCGGCAAGGAAGAGCUAUGUCAGCAGGAAAUGGGUAUUCUGUUGCAGAUUGCCAUGAAUACACGUGUAGCUCUGGUGGAAAUGCACGGAGAAGAUUCGCCCAUUGUGUUGCGAUUCCAAGAUGGAUUGUCUCCUGUUUUCACUUAGCUGAAGCUAGCGGAUCUUCUCACCAGGAUGAAUGAAAUGAAUGAAUCGAAUAUACCCAAUCCGCCCCGCAAACCCAGGCGGUACUAUCACAUGACAGGAAAAGGACGACACCAGAUAGAUGAUGGAAUGUAAUUUUAGUCAAUAUUUUUGCAUC